AUGUUGCCGACUCCGCCGCAGACGCCGACUCGGCUCCCGGGGACGGUCUGGCAACGGAAAUUGGGGGAUACAGAGCUGAGCUACUUCCUUCCGAGUAGGACGGAGGGAGUGAACGAUAUGUAUCUGUGUAUCGAUUUCACUGCACCGCGAGACUUGGUGACCGACGAACGCGUGCUUGCCAUCUGGGCGAUACUCAGGACUAAACAUCCCCUGCUCGCCGCCGAGGUGUGUAUGCAAGAGGGCGAAUACGACAGCGCGUCUUUCCGCUAUGUUGCAGCUCAGGAUGCGCAUGAGGAACUAGCGCGCGCGAGGGAGAAUCUGAGAAUCAGUGUGCAGACGAAGGAAGAGGUGAUCCUCGACUACUUGAACGGACCAAGGCUUUUGUCAAAGGAACAACCUGCCUAUCUACUCUUCGGGCAGCGCGAUUUGGAACAAGCCGAGUUCCACUUUUGUCUGUGCACCACGCAUUAUCUAGGAGAUGGGAUGGCGCUGCACAAGACUGCCAACGAGUUCUUUUCCUUGCUCGGCGAGGGGAUGUGCGAUGCAGAGCUGUUCAAGCUCUUGGAUCAUGAGUGGACUGAGCGGUACAGCACAACAGAGGAUCAUAGAGACAGCCCAAUCCCCCAACCGCUCGAGGAAAAGUUACCCCCUCUCCCUGCUCAGUCCUUCGCACGCUACGCUGCACGUGUGGAUUACGAAAACUUGCAGCGGAAGACGAUCGGUGGACAUGUCAUGCCCCGGAAGAAGCACGGACCAAGGAGGACGACCGUUCCGACUGUCCCGUUCUCAGCUGAAGAGACAGGUCGUGCGCUCAAGAAGUGCAAAAAGAACGGAGUGACAAUCAGCCACGCAAUAUUCGCCUUGUGCAAUAUGGUUUGGCUUGGCAUCAAACCGGCGGGUGGAGAAGACCUUCCCACUAUGAUGUAUGCUGCUGCGAACCUUCGCUCGUACUUCUCCUCCAUCGAGGAGUCACACUUCUAUCUCGCCGUCACAUAUUUCAACAUCAUGCUUCCCUCUUUCAUUCCACGCGACUUGACGCCAACUCAGACUCUAUGGCUCCGCUCACAAAGCGUGAAACGGCAGAUGAAUGCGGUUGUGGGAAGCAAGAUGUACGUCAGCCGAGCAAGGAUCACAGCUUCUCAGCGAGCCUCACAGGCGAAGACGUGGGCUGCGGAAGAUGAUGCACGAGACGCCGGAGAGUCGCUACCUCCUUCCCCACCUCCGACUAGGCCCGCACAUGCCCCGCCAAAGGUACCCAGUAAUGCCCUGAUAGGAUUGUCGAUGCUCGGCAAUCUUGAUGCGAUAUACGCGCACAAAGCCUUCCCAGAUUUGCAACUGCAUGGUCUCACCACAGGCUCCCGUCAACGCGGAGGGGCGAUGCUUCUCUUUGCGUACACGUUUGCUGGGAAGCUCUGGCUCAGCUUGGGAUAUGACGAGAAUGGGUUCGAGCGGGUGAUCGUGCAGAAAUUCUGGCAAGGACUUCUGGACAGUGUAAGAGAAAACCUACUUUGA